AUGGCAACCCCAGGGUAUCAGGAGGAGCAGGCGGGCCUGGAGGAGGAGGAACAAGAUCAGAAUAUGCCUAUGAGAGUGCAUAAGCUCGAGGAAUUUGGAAUAUCGUCCGGAGAUAUUUCGAAACUAGCCGGGGCCGGCUUCCACACGGUUGAAAGCAUUGCUUUCACGCCAAAGAAGGCACUGCUGCUGAUCAAAGGCAUCUCCGAGGCCAAAGCGGACAAAAUUCUCGCUGAAGCGACGAAGCUUGUACCAAUGCACUUCACCACUGCAACGGAGUUCUACCAACGGCGCAAUGAGGUCAUCAUGAUUCAAACAGGAUCGAAAGAAUUGGACAAAUUGCUUGGAGGUGGUAUCGAAACAGGCAGCAUCACAGAAAUCUUUGGCGAAUUUAGAACAGGGAAAACGCAACUCUGUCACACGCUCGCGGUAAUAUGUCAGCUACCGACAUCUAUGGGUGGAGGGGAGGGGAAAUGCCUAUAUAUUGACACGGAGGGUACAUUCCGGCCGGAGCGGUUGCUGUCUGUGGCAGAAAGAUUUGGACUCAACGGGGAAGAGGUACUCGACAACGUCGCAUACGCACGCGCACAUCACACCGACCAUCAGAAGCAACUGCUGAUACAAGCAGCCGCCAUGAUGGCCGAGACGCGUUACAGCCUUUUGAUAGUCGACAGUGCAACUGCAUUGUACAGGACGGACUUUUCCGGACGUGGGGAAUUGUCAGCGCGACAAAUGCAUCUCGCGCAAUUCCUGCGGUUGUUGAUGAGAAUGGCGGAUGAGUUCGGAGUUGCCGUGGUGAUCACAAAUCAAGUUGUGGCUCAAGUGGAUGGCGCUGCAAUGUUCAACACCGAUCCCAAGAAGCCCAUAGGCGGGAACAUCAUGGCGCAUGCCUCAACAACUCGGCUAUAUUUGCGGAAAGGAAGGGCCGAGAACCGUAUAUGCAAAAUCUAUGAUUCGCCCAAUCUGCCGGAGGCAGAAGCCAUGUUCUCCAUCGGCGAAAAUGGAAUCGAUGAUCCCAAGGAUUGAGAUGUGUCGACUGGUGUAGAUACUAUUGUACGCGGCGAAGGUGUAGUGGGAUGGAGUUGAUGAAGGAUUUGUACAUGCAGGUACUGCGAAUGUUUUUUUGAUAAUUCUGGAGUUAUCAUAACGGGACAACUGUAAAACAUGUAUGUAAAAUAGACAGUGCACACACAUAUAAUGAACAUAACCACGAGUUUCGCGUUGGCAAGCGAUACGUAGUUUUCCACGUCAUGGCCGUGGGCAUUUGGCAUACAUCAGCUACCAUCCGGGGGGUCUGCGGCCCAAAGCGAGCUCCCACAUUUCGCAGUCAGGCUUUAAGCGACAAAGGAAUCAUGUGUUCAAUGUUAUAUUUUGUGUAGAGACGUCACAGUUC